AUGACACUAGCCACUCAUUCCUUCUUUGCCAAACUCCUCCAAUACACCCACCAGAAGAACCUCCCAAACGGCAAGUCACUCCACACCCAAAUCAUCAAGACCGGCUCUUCGUCUUGCAUAUACAUCUCCAAUAGCCUCGUCAACUUCUACGCCAAGUCCCACCACUUAACCGAAGCCUACCUUGUAUUCGAAGAAAUCGAAGUUAAAGACAUAGUCUCAUGGAACGGCCUCAUCAAUGGCUACUCUCAACUGGGGACUCCCAAAUCUUCAUCCUCAGUCACGAAACUGUUCAAACUUAUGAGGAAAGAGAAUACUUUCCCCGAUGCCCACACUUUCGCCAAAAAUUUUUCUGCGGCGUCGAUUUUGUUGGACCCGUUUUGUGGCCAACAAGUUCAUACGCUUGCCAUCAAAACAGCUUGUUGUUCUGAUGUAUUUGUGAAUAGUUCUUUGUUAAACACGUAUUGCAAAUGUGGCCUUGUUUGUGAUGCGCGUAAAUUGUUUGAUAGAAUGCCGGAGAGAAAUUUAGUUUUUUGGGCUACGAUGAUUUUUGGGUAUGCUAUGCAUUGGUUUGCUAGUUAUGCUUUGGAGGAAAAGGAAGAUGUGAAUGAGUUUGUGGUAACUGGUGUUCUUAGUGCUUUUACCUUGCCAGAAUUUAUUGAUAUUGGUAAGCAAUUUCAUUAUCUUGCUGUGAAAAAUGGGUUGUUAUCAGUUGUAUCAAUUGGAAAUGCUGUUGUUACCUUGUAUGCAAAGUGUGGAAGCUUAGAUAACGCACUGCAAAUGUUUAAGCUUUCGAGUGAGAAGAACUCUAUUAUGUGGUCUGUGAUGAUCACUGAUUAUGCACAAAGUGGCAAUGGUGAGAAGGCAUUGAAAAUGUUCUCGGAUAUACAUUUUUCUGGGCUGAGGCCUAGUGAAUUCACUCUUGUUGGGGUGCUCAAUGCUUGUAGUGAUGUUGUUGCUACUGUAGAGGGAAAGCAAUUGCAUGGCUAA